AUGACGAAGGAAGUCUCCAAAACGGGUGCCGUUGGACCAGUUUCGACCAUCAGCAUCUUCAAGAAGAGCUUAGCCGUGUGUCUCUUCCUCACGCUUGCCAUCUCCAUUGUGUUCUACAACAUGCCUCUCCUGAACAAGAAAACGAAAUAUCUCCGUCACCUUGACAAACUGAACACAAAACGAAUCAUAGCUGAACUAGCCGAAUACAAACACAUAACGCCAGACAGACUCGCCAACCAAAUGGCUACUAGUGGGAAGUUUAAUAUCAAGGCUCCAUUACCCUUCCUAAAAGACUGGAAGAAUUUCUGCUGGGAUCACACAUACCCCAGUGGUCGAAAGAAGUUCCUCUGUCUUCCGAACUUCUACAUCGUUGGGUUCCGUAAAUGUGGCACAACAGACCUCUUUUACCGUCUUGGUCUCCAUCCCGAGGUCUCCAUUCCCUGGAGAAAAGAAACGCUUUGGUGGACGUAUCAUCGAUUUUGGGUCAUUUCCAUCUAUGCCGACCUCUUCGGGGCGAAGACCUUUGUGAAGGGAGAGGAACAGAGGAACUUCUUCGUGAUGGGUGACGCUGACCCGAGUAUAGCCGUCCAGAAUAAAAUGAUCCGCGAUAUGGUGCUGUCAGUUGGCGACAUAAUAAAGUACUAUACACCAAAUGCCAAGUUCAUUUUUAUCAUGCGAAACCCAGUUGAUAGACUUUAUUCUGACUACCUGUACAGUCAACUUGGAGUGCGGUCUCCACGAGACUUCCACAGACGCGUCAAAAGUACCAUAGAAGUGUACACUGAUUGCUUCAAGCAAAGGUCUAUCAGAAAGUGUCUGUACGACAGUGAAAUGAAAAAUAUUGGACAUCACAAUAGGCUGGCUCUUCACCAGGGAAUGUAUGUCAUAUACGUAUUUGACUGGUUACAAAUUUUCGGCGCAAAACAGGUUAUUUGCAUCAGGUCGGAAGAUUUUGCCCGAAAAAGCAGCAAAACUUAUAAGAAGAUUCUGGAGUUCUUGGAGUUAGAAGCUCUAGGGGACGAACAAAUCGCAUCUAUAGCGGCCAUGUCAGCGAUGAACAGAAAUGCCGCCACGCGGAAGGCAUCUGGCCCGAUGGAGAACUCCACUCGGGAAAUUUUAAGGGACUUCUAUCGGCCCUUCAACCACGCAUUGGCAAAGGUUCUUAAACAUAGAAAGUGGGUCUGGGAUGAUGACAGGAUUCUAUGGGAUGAUGAAUGA